CUCCAACGCCAGCCAUACUGUGAUACUGAACUCCGCCCACGGGUUUCGAUUCCUACAGUCAACGUCCGCCGCCUGUCUCCCUUCCCCUUCCUAUUUACCGCGGCUGGGGGUUCGUCCUCCUCGGAAUAUUCUUGAUCGAUGGCGACGCCGGAGACCUCGAGGGAGCCGUGCCCGGACCGGAUCCUCGACGACGUCGGCGGCGCCUUCGGCAUGGGGGCCGUCGGUGGCUCCGCCUUCCACUUCAUCAAGGGCCUCUACAACUCUCCCAAAGGCGAGCGUCUUGCUGGUGGCGCCCAGGCCGUCCGCAUGAACGCCCCCCGUGUCGGCGGAAGCUUCGCCGUCUGGGGCGGUCUCUUCUCUGUCUUCGACUGCUCCAUGGUCUAUGUCCGCCAGAAGGAGGACCCAUGGAACUCGAUCUUCGCCGGGGCCGCCACCGGCGGCUUCCUCCAGAUGCGCCAGGGCGCCCGCCCCGCCGCCAGAUCCGCCCUCUUCGGGGGCGUCCUCCUCGCCCUCAUCGAGGGCGCCGGGAUCAUGCUGAACCGGGUCCUCAGCGCCCCGCAGGACAUGCCGAUGUUGAUGGAGGAUCCCGCUGCGGUGGUUCCGCCUACCGUGGCGGUGGCUGCAGGGGCCGGAGUGGUCGGCGGCGCCGCCACGGGGAUCCCUGCAACACAUGGUGCGGCGGUGGAGGAUCCUGGAGUCUCUUCAUCUUCUUCCUGGUUCGGAGGAAUUUUUGGAAAGAAGAGGCAGGAUUCAGCGGCUGGAGGCGAAGGCCGCAAGACAGAGAUCUUAGAGAGUUUCGAUUCACCACCAAUCCCUAGUUUUGAGUAUAAGUGAGUUUAGGUAAGUGGUGAAGGUGGGUUUUGAAUCCGGGACCUUGCGGGGAUUGACAAAGCCAAACGAACUAGCACCUUCAGAAGCUGGAUAUCAUGAAUCGCUUGGAAACUAAGACAAACAUGUUGCUUGAGUUAUAUCAAGUGAUCCAAGAACAACUUCUGUCUUUGAAACUUGUCAUUUCUUCCUUUUUCAUGUUUAAUGCCAUACAACAGUGGCAUUGGUCUAAAUUAGACUUUAAAAUAUCUUGACAGCAUGAUUGAUUUGUUUGGAUCUAAGUUAGACUUUUUGAUUACUUAGCAGAUGGUUGUUGUAGAAUAUGCAUUAUGAAUGGCUUGAAAACUAAUACAAACAUAUUGCUUGAGUUA